AUGGGCGAGGCAUACUUUUUAAGAAUUCUUCUUAAUAAGGUAGUAGGUGUAAAUGGACAAGUCUUCCUAACAUUUAGAGAUGCGUGCUACGCUAGAGGCCUUUUAGACGACGACAAGGAGUAUAUAGAAGCUAUCAAAGAGGCGUACUACACAGGUUCUGGUUACUAUCUUCGUAAUCUGUUUGCUACAAUGUUGGCGUCUAAUACCUUAUCAAAGCCUGAACAUGUUUGGGAAAACACAUGGGAGUACCUUGCGGAUGGUAUUUUAUACAAUCGGCAAAAGCUUUUGAGGAUCGAAGGUUUGUCUCUUCCAGAAGAACAAAUAAGGAACCUAACGUUGUUGGAAAUUGAGCGUUAUUUAUUACGUAACAACUCAAGUUUAAGUCGGUUUCCGUCUAUGCCUCAACCCGACAGUGAAUCAAUAUAUUCAGCAGACAACCGUUUAAUUGCUGAUGAGCUUAGGUACGAUGUAAGCGCUACUGCCAUUGAAUUUGAUAAUAAUUUAAGCAGCCUAACCGAUGAGCAGCGUUUAGUGUUUGAUGAGAUAAUUGAAGCAGUUAAUAGUAAUGCUGGUGGUUUGUUCUUCGUAUAUGGCUACGGAGGUACUGGUAAGACGUUUCUUUGGAAGACAUUAUCUGCAUCCAUUAGAUGUAAAGGCGAUAUUGUACUAAAUGUUGCAUCAAGUGGAAUCGCAUCUCUGUUGUUACCUGGUGGGCGUACUUCACAUUCAAGGUUUCAUAUACCUCUAAAUUUAAUAGAAACCUCAAUGUGUUUUAUUAAACCCGAUGAUGACGUUGCUGAUUUACUGAAGAAAACGAAAUUGAUCAUUUGGGAUGAAGCACCGAUGAAUCAUAAACAUGCGUUUGAAGCACUUGACCGAACAAUGAAAGAUAUCUUCAAAUGUGAGAUGACAUUUGGUGGAAAAGUUAUGGUCUUCGGUGGUGACUUUAGACAAAUACUUCCAGUUGUACCAAAUGGCAGUAGGCGAGAUAUCGUUAAUGCUUCAAUCACGUCAUCGUAUAUUUGGAGUAGCUGCAAGGUCCUUACGUUAACCAAAAACAUGAGGUUAACUAUAGGAGCGAAAGCAUCUGAUAUAGAGGAGAUUAAAGGUUUUGCGGAUUGGUUGCUUGACUUGGGCGAGGGAAAGAUCGGUGACAGUGAUGAUUGUGAGGUGGUUAUAGAUAUUCCUGAAGAUUUGUUAAUCAAGUGUUCCGAGGAUCCUAUGUCAGAUCUGAUCGAAUUUGUAUAUCCUUCACUUCUUCAACUGUACAAAGAUAAAGAUUAUUUUGCUGAAAGAGCUAUUCUGGCACCAACAAACGAGGUUGCUCAAGAAAUAAAUGAAAAAUUGCUUGAUUCGUUUCCUGACGAUGAAGUGGAGUAUCUGAGUUCUGAUAGUAUUUGUCAAACCGAUCAAGGAAAGAAUGAAGCAAAUGCGAGACCAUAUUCUCCCGAUGUUCUAAAUGGUUUAAAAAUUUCUGGUCUGCCUAAUCAUCGAUUAGUCCUUAAAGUUGGUGUACCUGUAAUGUUGCAUCGUAAUAUCGAUCAACAAAAUGGUUUGUGCAACGGUACGAGACUACGGAUUACUAAACUUUAUAAACAUGUUAUAGAGGCGGAUAUUAUAUCCGGAGGAAACAUAGGGACCAGAACGUUUAUUCCACGAAUUAGUUUAACACCGUCGGAUAAAAGAAUUCCUAUCAAGUUUCAACGACGACAAUUCCCUAUAAAUUUUUCUCUCAUGGUCAGCUUUAUGUUGCGUUAUCAAGAGUUAAAAGCAGAGGCGGUGUGA